AUGGCACCGGAACCGGAUCUGCUGGCUGGCUUCCCGGCAGAGGCCCCGGCGAGACCAACCGCCAAACUCCGCUUCGCAGACGUCGCAGUCACGGCAACGGCCAAGGACUUCGCGGGCUUCUACCGCGGCAAGCAGUACCAUCAGCCGGACUUCGACGCCGUCCUCGACCGCGCCCUAGCCGCCGGGGUCGAGAAGGUGAUGCUGACGGGCAUGUCCCUCAGCGACGCGGAGACCAACCUCGCCAUAGCGAGGUCGCGGCCCGCGGGGACCUGUUUCGUCACCAUCGGCAUCCACCCGUACCACGCAGCCGAGCCGGACGCCGAGAAGGGCGGCGAGGACGAGCAUUUCAGGAGGCUGGCGCAAGCGGUACGGGAUGCCCUGGAACCCACGACGGAAGGGGCAUCUCAGUCGGCGUUGGCCGCCUUUGGCGAGCUUGGUCUCGAUUACGACCGCCUUAACCACGCCUCCAAGGAGGCCCAGGUCCGCACUUUCAGACGCCAGCUCGACCUGUUCGUCGAGGCCAAGUUCGACCUUCCCUUAUUCCUCCACUGCCGCGCCGCGUUCGACGACUUCGUCGACAUCAUCGGACCGUAUCUCCCGAACCUGCCCCGCCGGGGUCUGGUCCACUCCUUCGUCGGCACCGCGGCCCAGAUGAAGGCCCUCGUGGACAUGGGAUUCGACGUCGGCGUCAACGGCUUCAGCCUGCAGGAUAGAGGGGGCCUGGAGAUGGUGCGUGACGUGCCGCUGGGCCGGUUGCAGAUCGAGACGGACGCGCCCUGGGGCGAGAUCCCCGCGGGCUCCGGCGUCGGGAAGCGGUAUCUGGCGAACGCGCCGGCCGCGGCGCAAAGCAAGAAGAAGGACAAGUUCGAGAUGGGGCUGAUGGUGAAGGGGAGAAACGAGAGCUGCGCGAUGGACAGGGUGGCUUACGUCGUGGCUGGGUUGAAAGGGUUGAGCGUUGAAGAGGUCGCGGAUGCUGCUUGGAGGAAUAGUAUCAAUAUGUUUGGGCUCGGCGAGAGAUGA